UGCAAAUGAAUUGGUCGAAAUUCUAGGGCUCAGUUUUCCCUCUAAAAAUUUCAUUUGAUUAUCCCCAAAUUUCAUCACUUUCCCCCCAAUUUUCCCUCCAUUUCCAAAUAAUCAAAAAAUAACCCUAACCCUAACCUCCACUAGCACCGUUCAUCUUCGCCAGACACAACUGAACUCCUGUUUCAUCGUUUUGCCCGCCAUUCUGUGAGAUAACAUGGGUGAUUAUGAUAAAUCGGAUGAUUCGGAUAGCGGUACUUGGGAUUUCAUCGAUGAGGAGACUCAAAUCUUUGAUAGUCAGUUUUGUAAUUCUCCAACUUCAUCGUUCGGUAAUAAAUGCGGUGGUGAUACUGACCAGUUAUAUGAGUUACCAACCCAAGUGAUGGAUCCUGAUUGUGAAACCGAAGAGGUUAAUCUUGGUGGUGAGACCCAAGUGGUAAACCUCGAUACUGAAUUUGAAGAGACGGACGCUCUUGACAAUACUCAGAUAUUCAACGAUUACGAUACUGAAGAAGUUGUAGUUAGUGAUCAAGAAGGAAGUGAGAAGACUGAAAUAGUGGAAGACUCUGAGUUAUCUGAUGAAGAUACAUGUAAUAUUGAGCACACACAGAUUAUACAUCCGUGCAAUGCAGAUAUAGAGGAAUACAACCCAAAAACAGACUGUAGAAGGAGUGAACAGCAUACUUCAGGCGUUGGUUUCAAGAAAUUUACCUCAUUCCGUGCAGCAUCUAUCAGGGCUGCCGGUCUUGCAGCACUCAACAACGUUUCUAAACAUAGUAAGAGUCCAUCAUGUCCCAGUUUAAAUUCCGGACCCGACACCCAACAUAGAAGAAUACUAUCCGGAAAAAGUCAUCCUCAUGACUUGGAGAAAAUUAACAAGUCAAACGACUGUCUAGAAGACAGAAGUAAGCGUGGAUUUGGUAGGUCAACUGCUAGGAAACUUUUCGAUGAGGGCCCCACUGAAACUAAAGAUGCAAAUGACAAUUAUGACCUUGGUGGAUUAAGUUAUAUUGAUUCUCAAGAACCUGGAGAUGCAUCGCAAGCAAAUGCACUUGAUUUUGUGGAUGACUUUCUGAAAGUUAAUAUUGAGGGUGACGAUAGUUGUGAUGUUAGAAAGUCAACUGGAGGUAAGUCAAAGCCGGUUUUAAGUGCUAAAGGGGCUCAAACUUUUGCUAAAAGUGCUAAUCUUAUUAACGGGAUCGAUAAAAGACGAAUUUUUGAUUGGGAUGAUAAGCUUGAAGAUGAAGGAGGAGGUGACUUUCUUGUAAAGCAUAAGGAAUUGUUCUUUGCUAGCGGCAGUCGACGGCCGAAAUCUUCCAUAUCUUCCAAAGUUGGCCGAAAAUUGGGAAAGUCUGAAUCAAAAUUGGUGUUAGGUAAAAGUAAAGAAAAAGACAAAUUGAAUAAAAGCUUAGAAACAGUCACGAAGGAGUCACGUGUUCGGAAAAAUCUUAUUAAUGAACUCGAUGAGCAGUCAACGGAUAUUCAAGAAAAAACCAAGGCUCAGAUUAAUACUCAAAUGGCUGCUGUAGCAACGGAAGACUUGUGCCUUGGGUUGCAAGCAACUGAUCGUGAUUCUACUAAAACAAAAGCAGGUUGCAAGCAUAUGCAAAAGGGUUACGGUAAAGGUCAACUCCCGCCCGUGUCUAAUAAUGGAGUCAGGAUAACACGGUCACGGUCAAAGAUGAGCAGUGAUCAGUCCAAAGAAGUGAUGUCGGCAAAGUCAGCUGCUAGAACGGGUGAGAAUUUUGAUUACGCGGUGUCUGAUGUGGUGAAAAGAACAGGAAAGGUUUCAUUGAAAAGAAGAGAAGUUGAUACGGUAGAGGCUCCAGUUGCAUCUGUUGACCAGAUGUCUGUCAAAAAGCAGUGUAUUCAACAUGUUACACCUGUUGCUCGGCGAACGAGGCAGUCAAUGACAUAUAGUGAGUCAGACAAAGACGUAACUAUCCCAAAAGACAAUAGGAUUUGUCAAAAGCUGUCAUUUACGAGAAAAGAAAUCGGUACACAGUCUACCUCUAGACUAACAAGGUCAAAAGCUGCUACUUUGACCGAACAAGAAAAAGUUUGUGCUACUCCUGUAAGCCGUCAAACACCCGUGAAAGAAUUUUCUCCGAUUUGCAUGGGAGAUGAGUAUUUAAAGCAGUCAUGCAGGCGGUCAUUCUUAAUGCAAGAAGUUUGUAACGUUUCUCCAACAGAAUCGUUAGUUGAAACUCCGAACAAAGAUACGCGGCAGAAGAGAGAUGUUACUUUGAUCCACGUCGUGUUUAGUCGCCAUUUAGAUGGAGAUAUAAUCAAGCAUCAAAAAAAGAUUUUAUCUCGAUUGGGGGCUUCAGAAUCAUUUUCAAUGUCCGAUGCAACACAUUUCAUAGCAGACGAUUUUGUUCGUACAAAGAACAUGCUGGAAGCAAUUGCUUUAGGGAAACCGGUAGUUACACAUCACUGGCUUGAAAGCUGUGGUCAAGCUUGUCGUCACAUCGAUGAAAAAAGUUUCAUGCUGAGAGACGCUAAGAAAGAGAAAGAAUUUGGUUUUAGUCUUCCGACUUCAUUGGCCCGUGCCCGCCAAAAUCCACUUUUAAAAGGACAUAGAGUCUUGAUUACGCCAAACACAAAACCCGGUAAAGAUAUAUUAUCAAACUUGGUCAAAGCAGUUCAUGGUGUGGCGAUUGAGCGAAUGGGCAGAAGUUUAUGGAACAACGACAAAGUUCCCGAGGGGUUAUUGAUUCUAUCAUGUGAAGAAGAUUAUGCAGUCUGUUUACCUUUUCUUGAAAGAGGAGCUGCAAUUUAUAGUUCAGAGUUGCUUCUGAAUGGAAUUGUUACCCAGAGGCUGGAAUAUGAAAGACACCGCCUCUUUAUAGAUCACGUGAAGAGAACGCGAUCAACAAUUUGGGUGAAGAAAGAUGACAGCAAGUAUAAGGCCGUUGGUAAAGUGAAAUAGAUGACUAAUAUUUUAGCGACAUGCCUUCGCACAUAUGGUCACUAGGUGUCUCAUCUUUGUAACUGUUUCUAGUUUUAGCAUGUAAAUGAAGUAUUAUAACUUCUUUGGGAUAACUGAUGUAACAUGUUACCUAGUGUAUUAGGGUUCAAACAUUUUAAUUCUCUUCUAGUAACAAUAAUCAUUUACAAUA